UCAAGUGUGAGGAAGGAUUUCAGACAUCCAAGAGACUUAAAGUCACACCAGAGAACUCACACAGGAGAGAAGCCUUACCACUGCUCCCAAUGUGGAAAGAGUUUCAGUCAGUUAUCAACUCUGAAAAAACACCAACUAACUCACACAGGAGAGAAGCCUUACCCCUGCUGUCAAUGUGGGAAGAGUUUCAGCAGGUUAUGUGAAAUGAAGGCACACCAGAUAACUCACACAGGAGAGAAGCCUUACCACUGCUCUCAAUGUGGGGAUAGUUUCACCAGUUUAUAUUUCCAAAAGAAACACCAGCUGAUUCACACAGGAAAAAAGUCAUUCCACUGCUCCCAGUGUGGGAACAGUUUCAGUCAGUCGUCAACUCUGAAGACGCACCAGAGAACUCACACAGGAGAGAAGCCGUUCCACUGCCGUCAGUGUGGUAAGAGUUUCAGUCAUUUAUCAACUCUGAAGACUCAUCAGAUAACUCACACGGGAGAUAAGCCUCACGUCUGCUCUCAGUGUGGGAAGAGUUUCAGUCUGKUAGGAAACCUUAAGCGACACCAGCUAUCCCACACAGUAGAGAAGCCUAACCGUUGCUCUCAUUGUGGGAAGAGUUUCAGUCAAUCAUCAGCUUUAAAGAAACACCAGAGAACUCACACAGGAUAAAAGCUGGGUCAUCAAAUCUGAAGACACCAGUUUGCUCACAAAGGGGAUAAGCCUUAACUCUACUAUCAAUGUGGGGGUAGUUUCACCAGUUUAUAUUUCCCCCCAAAAACACCAGCUGUGGAAAGGUUCUGUACUGAAUGAAAUGUUCUGUGUGCAUCUUAUCUUUGGUGUCAUAAACAGGUACUUGUGCAUCUAAGUUUGACUGUGACCUCACCAGCUUGCUGACAAUAAAGGGUGAUUCAUUUAAUAUUGA